AUGUUUGAGAUUCUUCCUCAGUCGAACUCACUUCCAAUUCUGCGCCCCUGCAAGCUUUGCUCUCAUGAUUGGAAACCCUGCAUCUGCUCAUAUCGUCUAAGCUUGGAAUGGAUACCAUGCAGCCUGAAAUAUUGCAAAAGCCGAGAUUCAUCCGGCAAGACCACUUCUUACAAGUGUGGCAUCCGCAGCUGCCAAAAAGGCUACAGCUUCCACUUCUAUGUGCCCCAGAAACAGCUAUGCCUGUGGGAUGAAGAGACAUAG